CAAUGUGUUUGACUGAGUGUUGCGUUGGAGUCGACCACUGAUUGGCUAAGAGUUGGUAUGCCUUCAGAAAAGUAGUCGUAUUUUGAUUUUGUGCUCAAAUCAAGUGUUUGUCUUUUGCUAUGCUUUUAGUGUCAAAAGUGGUCACAUAUAUAGUGUGACUGUAUUACUGUCCGCACAUACACUUACACAACAGUUAGUACCGAAACYAAACACACGAUUCGUUUGGACAAACAGUUUGCGGACAAUCAAAGUGAUGGUCGGCAGUCGUGUUUCGUCGCGGAUCGCGUCGCGCAUAGCCAUCAAACAGGAACAACAGGAUCCCAUCGAUGACUAUCAUCACCAGAGUCCGGGUGGUGGUAGUGGCGGAGGUGUAGGCGCACACCCGAUGGUCAAUCAUCGUAGCAAUAGUUCGUAUAGAAAUCACCCGACGGCCAGCGAGACUACACCGAAGAAACAAAGGCGUACAUUAAUCACGUCUUCGCCCUCUUCUGUUGAAGAAGACGACGUGUUUGAUAAUAAUUCUGUGGAUGAUAUCGACGAUUUUGAUGACGACGAUGAAGACGAAAUCAUUGUGGCCAACAAUCGUCGAUCAGUUCCUCGACACAAACGCUUCAGCGGUGGAACUCAUCGCCAGAAACGAGCCGACAGUGAGUUAGAUUCGGCGCGCAAUAAGUUGGGCGAUCUGUUGGCCCACAUAUCUAAAGGCGACUCACAAGAAGAUGACGAGUUCGAUGACGAAGACGGAGAAACUGAUUCAUCACCUCAUCUAAAGAGACGACGAUCUCAUAAACACAAGAAACCCGGGAAAACGAUUAAAGAAGAAUCUUACGGCAAGACAUCUACGUUUGUUUUAAAGCUAUUCGACCGCAGCGUUGAUUUGGCGCAAUUUAGUCACAAUAACGCUCGAGAGGACGCUCCGUUAUACCCGGUGUGCAGGGCGUGGAUCAGAAACAACACUCAACUACCAAAUCUGUAUGAAUCCCCCGAACCCGAAGAGUACACCGACGAAGACUUGGAGCCAAGUGGCGGACCGAUCGAUGAAAAACCAUCCGGUAUUUAUCAUUUGCCAAAACCGUUGCCGCGACCGGUGGACGAGUCGGGCAUUGAAAUCGAUUUGCGAAUACCAGAAUCGGUGCGCAACUAUAAGAAACCGGAGAUAUCGCAAGCGGACACAGCCAUCAAUAGUCUGGUCACCGAUAAUUUCAGUACAUUGUUGGCUAAAAAUAUGACUCAUUGGAAGAAAGUGCGACAAGAAUGGCAACAGUCGUCUCUCGACAAUGAGUUGCGAUACAAACACAGCUGUGAUGUUCUCAAAGCUAUGUUUGAAAAGACAAUGAAUGGACAACCGGAACAGUUCAAACCUCAAACUAUGGACACAUUAUAAGUUCAUAAAAUGUAUGAUUGAAAUAUAAAGAAUGGAAGACUUGAAAGUGUGUUAAAAAGUUUUGUUUUAGUUAUUGUUUUUUAAUAUAUUUGUAACUUAUAUACUAAAUGUAAAAAACUUUUUAACCUCAUCUUUCAAUUCACCGAAAAUUUUAAAUUAUAAUUAGACGCUAAUUAAA